AUGAAGACCAGUAUCCUGCUUAUGCUUCUUUGGGGAUUGUCCUGUGCUCUUCCAGUAACCAGGUAUCAAAACACUGAAUCCAAGAGCUCUGAAGAAUGGAAGGGUCGUUUGGCUCAGACACAAACACCUCCUUUGGAGAGCAGUGAGUCAUCAGAAGAAAGUAAAGUUAGCUCAGAGGAACAGGCAAAUGAAGACUCCAGUGACAGCACUGAAUCAGAGGAGGGCCUGGGCUUCGAUGACCAUCAGUAUGCUCAUAGACCAGCUGAUGACAUCUCUAGGAAUGGAGGAAAAGAAGGAGAUGAUAAAGAUGAUGAUGAAGAUGACAGUGGAGAUGACACUUUGGGUGAUGAUGACAAUGGCCCAGGACCUGAAGAGAGUCAAGGAAGAAACUCCAAACUCAGAAGUGAUGAGGACUCAGCUGACACUACACAAUCCAGGGAAGAUAGUGCCUCUCAAGGGGAAGACAGUGCCCAAGAUGCCACCAGUGAGAGCAGGGACCUUGACAAUGAGGACGACGUGAACAGUAGGCCUGAGGGAGAUGACCCCAUUCAAGAGAGCGAGAGUGAGGAGCACUGGAUGGGAGGCGGCAGUGAUGGGGAUAGUAGCCAUGGGGAUGGCUCUGAGUUUGAUGAUGAAGGAAUGCAGAGCGAUGAUCCAGACACCAUCAAGAGUGAGAGAAGCCACUCCAGAGUGAACAGUGCCAGUGUCAAAUCAAAAGAAUCAAAAGAGAACAGUGAUGAGCAAGCAAGCCCUCAGAAUUCAGGUGAGAGGCAAUCAGUGGAGUAUCCUGGCAGAAAAUUUUUCAAAAACUCCCGCAUUUCUGUGGAAGAUGACACAGGUGACCUUGACAAUAGCCACACAAUGGAAGAAGUCAAGAGUGACUCCAGAGAAAAUACUAACUCCAAAGAAGUUGGUCUCAGCCAAUCCAGAGAAAACAGCAAGAGUGAAUCUCAAGAAGAUAAUGAGGAGAUUCAGUCCCAGAAAGACAGUCAAAAUGUACAGGAUCCCAGCAGUGAGUCUAGCCAAGAGCUUGACUUACCAUCUCAAGAAACCAGUAGUGAAUCUCAGGAAGAGGUAGUAAGUAAGUCCAGGGGUGAUAAUCCAGAUGAUACCUCAAGUCACUCAGAAGAAGGUCAGGAAGAUAGCGACUCCAGUGAGGAGGGCAGCUUGAGUAAACCCUCCAGUUCAGAAAGCAAAUCCCAAGAGGAACAAGCAGACAGUGAAUCCAAUGAGAGCCUCAAAUACUCAGAGGAAAGCCCAGAGUCCACUGAGGAGGAGAACAGUUCUAGCCAGGAAGGCCUUCAGUCUCACAGUGCCUCUGCAGAGAGCCAGAGUGAGGAAAGCCAGUCUGAGCAGGACACCAAGUCUGAGGAGGAUGAUAGUAGUGAUUCUCAGGACAGCAGCAAAUCACAAGAAGAUAGCAACUCUACUGAGAGUAAGUCAAGCAGUGAGGAAGAUGGCCAGUCAAAAAACACUGAGAUAGAAAGCAGAAAAUUAACAGUUGAUGCUUAUCACAACAAACCCAUUGGGGAUCAAGAUGACAAUGACUGCCAAGAUGGCUAUUAG